CUUCGACCAAAUUAUCUCACUACCUCAACUAUACCCAUCUAGACUCCAGUAAAGUCUCUCGAGCAAACCCAAUCGAACUAGAUUACCCACCUCGAAACCCCAACCAAAUCCCGAAUCCCAAAAUGCCCCUCUGGCAAAUCUACUCUCCUCCCGGGACUUUCACCCCAGAAGCAAAAUCAAGCUUCGCGACUGACAUCACAAAAAGAUACACCUCCAUCGGCCUCCCCGCCUUUUACGUGGUCAUCCAAUUCCACGAACUCAACCCGGAGGAUGUCUACGUGGGUGGCCGGGAGGCUACCAAAGCCGAACGGCCCUUUGUACGGGCGGUCGUCACGCACAUCGCGGUCGUGCAGCCGGAUAGCGACGCCGCGUAUCGUCGCACGACCAACUGGCUUGAUAAGAUCUUCAGGGAGCAUGUGCUGGAUAAAGGGUUUGAUGUGGAGUACCACGUGGAGGAGACGGAGCGGCGGCUGUGGAAGAUCAAUGGGAUGAUUCCGCCGCCGUACCGGAGUGAGGGGGAGAAGGUUUGGGUGCGGGAGAACCGGGCGGUGGAGUACGAUGGGGCUUUUGCUGAGGAUGGAGAGGGGAAGACAGGCGGGAAGGCAGCGCUUUAGUGCCAGGAUCCGGUUUUCUUGGGUUGGAUGUGGUUUUAAUAGGAUGAGCUUACGG